ACGGUACGAGCACUCGAAUAGUGGGCAGCAUCGUAUUUAAUCGCUGGGGACCGCUCGGGAUCGCUUUUGUGUUAUUGUUACAGUAGCACUGUGCCUCCAUUAUCUAUCUGCAUUGAUAGCAUGGGAUCCAGCGUGGAAAUGACUAGCAAGAGCUCUCACAAUCCUCCCCCGCAUCCUGCCCAGGCUGCUGCAUCUGCUUUGGGAGCAGCGGGCGUUGGCCCCGAUGCCGAACAGAAAGCUUCGCUUUUCCAACAGCACAACCCGGGACCUGCAGAGAUUGCGGCAAGAAUAACCGGAGCCGUUACUGGCGGCAAACGAGAGGACGAUGGGCUAUCCUUUACUAGUGGUGAAGGUAUUCCCUGGCCGGAUCCCGGGGUUAGCGGGAACGUUGGGGGGAUUCCAGUGGCAAGCGAUACAUUUCUGUUCCAGAGACAGCGGACGCUCAACAGAUCGAAAACUCUAGAGCGUACGGAAUCCUUAUGAUAUCUUUUUUCUCCUUUUUUCGUCGUCUGAUUUUACGAAUGGGAUAGGUGUGGCGCAUUCGGCCGGAUCUGGUGCCUUUGGGUAUUUCGAGUGCACCAAGGACAUGUCGGAACUGACUAAGGUAUGGAGAAUAUUCACUCAUGAACCCACCUUCACAAAACCUUGCCUAACUAUGAUAGGCCGACCUGUACAACGGGGUGGGGAAAAGAACACCCAUAUUCAUGCGUUUUUCAACCGCUACCUUUGGCAAAGAGUUUCCGGACCAAGGACGUAACCCUCGUGGCUUUGCCAUUAAGCACUAUACUAGGGACGGAAACUACGAUAUCGUUGGACUUAAUUGGGUUAGUGCCUGUGUCUUUCAAUGGACGGGUUGAUAUUAACACCCACUCACAUAUGUAGCCCGUUUUCUUCUGCCGCGACCCGAUGCAAGGACCGGAUGCCAUCCGGUCUCAACAGCGCAACCCUGCCAACUUCCUGUUGGAUCAUAACGCUACAUUUGACUUUCUAGCUAAUGUUCCGGAGAGGUGAGUGCGAUUUUGUGAGUGCGAGGUGACUGGAAUGGGACUGAUGUAGGGAACCAGCAACCAUGCCGGGAUGAUGCUUUUCAGUAACCACGGGCAUCCAAAAGGCUGGCGGAAAAUGCACGGAUUCGGCUGCCACACCUUUAAAUGGUGUGUAUAGGCGAUUCUUGUUGCGUACGAGAUUUGCUAAGUUGUUCCUGGGGGGCUAGGGUUAAUGGGGAGGGCAAAUUUGUCUACAUAAAGUAUCAUUUUAUCUGCGGUCAGGGCUCUCAUCAGCUCACCUGGGGAGAAGCUACUAAGACUUGCGGUGAGUCCCAAAGUUCGCUGAUAUGGACCGAGAGUUGGCUAAGAAUCCACAGGCGAGGAUCCCGACUUCUCUAAAAGGGAUCUCUGGCAAGCCAUUGAGAAGGGAGAGCCAGUCACUUGGACGGCCAAAGUUCAAAUCAUGAAACCCGAACAGGCCGACCCGGUGAAGCUUGGCUUCGAUCCCUUCGACGUAACAAAGGUUUGGCCAAAGCACGACUUUCCCGUUGGUCUCCUAGGAAAAAUGAGAGUGCUCGUACCUUCUACUGACUUGGCGAUAGGUGCAAGAUUUUGGAAGACUCGUCUUGAACAGAAAUCCCGAAGAUUAUCACCGCGAUGUAGAGCAAUCCGCUUUCUCUCCCGGAAGUAUGGUCCCCGGUAUCGAGGAGAGUCCAGACACGCUCCUCCAAUUCAGAAUGCUCCACUACCGUGAUGCUCAGUAUCACCGUAUCGGCGCCAAUCUUCACCAGGUUCCGGGUAAGGUGUACUCUCCCACCUCCCCCUCCGUGCUGACCCCGCCUAGUAAACUGCCAAUUUAUGUCCCGCUCCUGCGCAAGCGUAAGCUUUGACGGUCACCUCCGCAGCGAUGGGAACACUCGGGGGGACCCGCACUAUGUCCCCAAUAGCUUUGUCAACGAGUUCCGCCCGGACACAGCUGAAGUCCCAAAUGAGGCAUCCGACAACGUCGCCUCCCAUCAACGUCGCCACUACUCUGAAGGCAAGCCGGGAGAAUACGACCAGGCGCGAGAACUCUAUGCCCGUGUCAUGGGCGAGAAAGAGCGUGUAGACCUCCAUCACAACACCGCUGCUUUCCUAAGGUUAGUAGAAUAUCCGGUUAUUCAGAUGAAAUAUCUUGCGCAGUGCUACUGCGUUAGGCCUGAGUAUGCUCGUGGUAUUUACGACUUGUUGCCUGAGAAGGAUUAUGAUUUUGGGAAGGUGCAAGAAAUGGCGAAGGAUGCGCCUAACUUUGGGAAGGAGAGGAGGUUUAUGCCUUCUAAAGACAGUCAUGGGUUGUUGGGGGAAUCGGCCACCGUGUCGACAUACUAGAUGCACCCGCAAUACCAAAGCGCGGCCCAAAAAGGAUCGCAACUGGAUACGGCCAAAAUUGUGCCCUUUUACUGGAUCUGGGUGAUGUGAAAUAACGAAAACGUUUCAACAAUACAGGUGGAAGAACGAGUGCUGCGGACUACCCAGAGUACGGUGAAUUGUAAUAGGAAGGGUUCAAGAGGAGUAGCUGGGUAUGUGGGGUUCGAAUUUGGUACAUGGCAUUGUGCUGAAAUGGAGUGGUGUUGUGGUUGUAGUUGAAUACUGAUCUGGGCCGUAUGCAGGUAUGGUACCCAAUCACUUGAUAUUAAACAGGAUUCACAUCCGGUUUUAGUACUGCACUCGAGUAAUACUCGGGCGCAACGCGGUACUGCAGAGUGAAACACAGUUAUGCGCCUAGGUUAUCACAACCUACCCGAGUAUGAUACCUUAGCCUACGACCACGCUAUUAAAACUUUCCUCUCGACGCGAAUAAUCAACUAUGUACAUUUCACACACUAGACGGUAAGACGUCAAAACUCGUGGAUAUUUGUUGCUUUUUCCUUAAUGUUCCGGCAGUCAUGCUCCUAAGGCGUUGGCGAGGAUUUUGGUGCGACAGACAAUAUUCUCGUACUGGCUUAGGUACUGUACUCGUACAGCGCCGGAUUUGUAGGGGAGAUAUCAUAGAUAGGGUGUUUAUAAUGUGAUACGGCCAUUCCUAUGCAUACUAACCUAUCGCUCAGUUGAGCUAAACACUUUAGUUCUAAUUAGUACUGGUGCCUCAAUCCUCCAUUUUCUAAGUUGCCGCCAGUCUGCGGUUCAUGUUCUAGAUAGGGAUUCCAUCGCAAUUAUAGUGCUACCGUCCUGCCGAGAAGCCUGCCUGUAGCAUCUUUAUUUAUUACUGAUCA